UACCGUUCCAGAGAGCAGGUUGGAGAAAUGCUUACCCUUAUCAGAAGCCACCGAUGGGGAUUCCAGCAGCAGCAUCUACACGUGCUUCAUGAAGUCACAUCGCUGCUAUGACCUCAUCCCCACAAGCUCCAAGCUUGUUGUGUUCGAUACUUCCCUGCAGGUGAAGAAAGCUUUCUUUGCAUUGGUGACCAAUGGUGUUCGGGCUGCUCCACUCUGGGACAGCAAAAAGCAAAGCUUUGUGGGAAUGCUGACAAUCACAGACUUCAUCAACAUCCUGCAUCGCUACUACAAGUCAGCCAUGGUGCAGAUCUAUGAGUUGGAGGAACACAAGAUCGAAACUUGGCGAGAAGUUUAUCUGCAGGACUCUUUCAAGCCACUGGUCUGCAUUCCACCCAGCGCCAGCCUAUUUGAUGCCGUCACCUCACUGAUUCAGAACAAGAUUCACCGUCUGCCUGUCAUCGACCCAGACUCGGGGAACACACUGUAUAUCCUGACUCACAAGCGUAUCCUCAAGUUCCUCAAGCUCUUUAUUGCUGAGUUCCCCAAGCCAGAGUUCAUGUCCAAAAGCCUGGAGGAGCUGAAGAUUGGCACCUACGAAAACAUUGCGAUGGUCCACACUAACACCCCUAUUUAUGUCGCACUGGGCAUCUUUGUACAACACAGGGUCUCUGCCCUGCCUGUAGUGGAUGACUCAGGUCGGGUUGUAGACAUUUACUCCAAGUUUGAUGUCAUUAACCUAGCUGCUGAGAAGACUUACAACAACUUGGAUGUGACGGUGACCCAGGCGCUGCAGCAUCGCUCCCACUACUUUGAGGGUGUCCUCAAGUGUUACAAGCAGGAGACUCUGGAGACAAUAAUCAACCGACUGGUGGAAGCAGAGGUUCAUCGGUUGGUGGUGGUGGAUGAACACAAUGUGGUGAAGGGUAUUGUGUCCCUCUCAGAUAUUCUGCAGGCCCUGGUCCUGCCUGGUGGUCAGAAGCCUUGACUGCAUGAAGACCAGAGCUCUCUCUC